AUGCGCGCCUUCGAUUGCAAGCUUGGCUCGGGGCAUCCGAAGGAGUCUGCCAUUGCCGGCUCCGCAGCUUUUUGGGCAUCGCCCAAUGAGGCAGAAGCCUUCAGGCGUUUGCGAGAUGACCUGAUCCUGCAAGUGGAGAUACAGGUUCGGCCCAUGACGGAGGUCCAAUGUGUCAGUAUGGGUGCCCCGGUGCCGUAUUUGAAGAGUCCAGGCGUUCUAGAUGCUCGCUAUGGCUGCACGCCUUACAAGGUGGAGGCAAGUCUUGAGACUCUGAGUAUCGCUGCGAUUUCAAUUGUCCGAGAAUACCUCUUAUGUCGAUUGAGAACCAUUUGCCUUCAGACACUUGCCUUCGGGCAACAGCUUGUAGCGCGCAACCAGGUCCAGAUGGCCAAAGCUGCAGGUGCCAAGUCGGUCAUCGUCUUCGAUGAGAAGAUGUCAAAGGCUCCCUUGGAGCAGCAGAACAAGUUUCGCCUUGGUUUCCUCUCCGCGGCUCUCCUGUGCUGCUGGCUCUACCUCCAUCCCUGGCCUCCGGGAUCUUCCUCCGCUGCCCCAGUGCAGCGCUUUGACCGGGUUCCGACCCCAUCUCUACGCCUUUCGGCGUAUUUGCAUGAGCGCUCAGACAUUUCAGCCACCAUGCAGUCUCGACGCUUUGCCACGGACUCCUCCGAUGGCAAGGGAGCGGUUGUUUCAGCGGAGAUCAGCAAGUGGUCCAAGCCCUCAGCAGUUUACACCGAUGAGUUGGCAGAGGCUUUAGGCCAGACCUUCAACAAGGCCCUACAGAAGAAAGUCCUGGCGACAGCGCGCGAGGAGCCUGAGGUGCAAGGAGAACAGUUGCAGGAGCGUUGUACCCUGCUUACCAUUUUGGGCCCACUCGACUACUGCCAGCGGAUCACCCCACCAGAGACAAUGACUUUGCUAGCCCUUGCAGGAGCCAAGCUUUGGGUCCUCCUUCUGACCAUCCUGUACGGCCGUGAGCUGUACCGGGCGGGCUGCCCGUACGGCCACUACAGUGAGACUGUGAACGCAGUCUCGGCCAAAAGGCGGGACCUGGUCCUCCCGUCUGAUGUCAAUUACACCAUAGAGUACGUGCUCCUUCAAAUAGCUGAACCCAAGACAAGGUUCAGAUGUGCGCGCCACCAGAUGGCAAAGGUCGACCAGCCCCAAUUGGUCAGAAUCAUCAUCACGGCGUUCGAAGAUUUGCGCCCUGAUCAGCGGCUGUGGCCGGCUUCGGGGUCGACAAUCCGGAGCCGAUUCCAGCGUCUUGUUCAGGCGAACUUGCUGGACCACCUCCAGACCAAGAAGGGGCUCGAUUUGGGUUCAUUGAGAGCCGGAGGCGCCUCCUGGCUUCUCAUGAGCUCCGACAACCCAGACAUGACAAGGCGCCGGGGGCGCUGGAUCAACGCAAAGGUCAUGGAGAUCUACGUUCACGCAGAGAUCUGGAAGCGGGCUGCAAUCCCAGAGUCAGCAUGGCCCAUUCUCCAUCAGAAGGCGGCUCGAGACCUUGAGCAGCAAGAGUUGGGAGGACACCUGGAGAAGAAGAUGAUGGGUGCUGGAGUGGCCGCUUUUGCCCGAAAUGGGCGUGUGCAACUUCCAGCCGAUGCGGAAGAAAACAAGAGCGAGACUGGUCGAGUGAUCAGCAAGGGGAUCGCAAAUUAUCAGGCUGCUACGGUGCCGGUGGAGAAAGGCAUGACCAUCAUGAGCAGCGUUCUCGAUUGUGUGAAGCCAGAACUCGACACCGCUCCUCUGGAUGGAAUCAUGAUUCCUCGUGCGAAUGGAACCACUGUCGUUGAUGCCAUUCUCAAUGGUCUUUCGCCCGUAGCUCAAUGCGUUGGCGGCUGGCCCGACUUUUGGAUCAAAGAGCCCAUCGUGGCACAAUUGAAGAGCGACCGAACAGCCUUUGAGGAGGACCUUCAAAAGCUGGAACGAUCACCUCGAUCCGGAGAUCGGCACCUGGGCCCGGGUGUCCCGGAGGAUCGGUCCUGGGCGGCGAAGCCUCCAGCUUCCAACUGCCUGCCAGGUGUGGUUGCAUCCUUCCGUGAUGCAACCGAUGGCAGGGAUGUGGCCAUCAAGCGGAUGUUGAGAGAGAUCAAGUUGAUGCGACACUUUCGACAUCCCAAUCUUUUGCAACUGCAUGAUGUGCUGAUCUCAGGGCAUUCGUGCUGCUGGUGGAAUCUGGAGGCCCUGGCCGUGUUUGUUGAGGAGAGCUGUACAUUUCAAUGGAGUGCAGCGCUGAUUCAGCUCAUGGACUGUGAUCUUGAUCGCUUGGUCAGAGGCCGUGGUGUACCUUUGGAGGAGAGCUUGUGCCGUAGCUACUGUUCGCAGGUGCUGCUGGGACUUCUUCACUUGCACUGUGCCCAUGUGAUCCAUCGAGACUUGAAGCCUGCGAAUAUCUUCAUUCGCCUCAAGGCGCACGAGGCCAAGAUUGGAGACUUGGGCUUGAGCCGCGGGAUUGCAGUGGAUGGCCAGACUGGCGAGGCCAUUCAUCCCAUCGAGGAGCAGCUCACCGAGUAUGUGGUCACGCGCUGGUACCGUGCACCGGAAGUGCUUUUGGCUCGAUCAAAGUACGGGCCGAAAGUGGACGUGUGGUCUGUCGGGUGCAUCCUCUACGAGAUGUGGACUGCAAAGGCACUCUUUCCUGGCAAAAACAGCUUGGACCAGCUCAGCAAAGUGGAGUUCUUGGGAGGAACUGUGAACAUUGUAAGGAACAAAACACUUAGUGCAGAGCUGGCAGUACACAGGACUAAAAGCUGCAUUUGUUGGCCAACUGGCAUACUUUGA